ACAUUGACCCUUAUUUAGUGCCUUUUUCUGACCUUUUCGUAUUGUAGUCGCUCUCCACCUGUCCGUAGGUUGUCUUGGUCAUCUCCGAAGCAGUCAUAGAGUAACUCGGUGGGCGGAAGACUUGGAAGAUUUUUUUUUGGUUUAGGUAAUAUUCCACGCGAUUGGGGCGAUGGGCUAUUGUCCGUUGCCUUGGGGCCGUGUGACGACACAUUUUAUUCUUGGAGCUUGGACGGAAAACAUCGAACCAGAUCUGAUAUGGGCAAGCUAGCUUAUAACUAAUCUGCUUGGAUAUUUUCGAUGUCGAUAAUGCGCUUGCUUCUCUUUCUCUUUCUCUCUCUCUCUCUCUCUCUCUCUCUCUCGUCUCUUUAUAAUUUAUCGUUUGGAUGCUACUAACCCCUCCCUCCCUCAUAGCGUUCGUUGUCGUGGUUUUCCUUUUUUUUCUUUUCUUUCUCCGAUCGGACCGGCGCUGCGGUGGUGGCAGCAUUGGCCAGCUCAACGAGCUGGUUGGGGGGCACCAAGAUCCAUCAACCCUCGCCGUGUUGGCUGGUGGUGUGUCCGCAAGUCUUGGGCACCUGCCAGUCACCUGCUCAGGGAGUGGGAGGGCUGGGCGUAUGGUCUGCGCUCCAACUGAGUGGCGGAUUGUUCAGCCUGAACCUUCCUGCAUGGGGGGAUGCCCAGGUGGGGCGUCCCCCUCAGUAGGCCGAUCAAUAUCUCUGUCAAGAGUCCGAGGCCUUAUGGUCGCGGGCCUCGGGCCUCGGACCAUUUGCUCCUUCCCAUUGCAUCGUACCAUCAUGACAGUUGUGCAGAUUGCUCGCAGUAUUGCCCGAUCGAGUCAAGUUAAUUAUGUAUUCGCCACUUCGAAGUACAUAUUCCAUUCUAUACGUUUAAUAUAUAUGAACUUGCUGUUCCGCCAUCCAUACAUAUUGGAAGAUGUAGUUCCAGCGCAGAUCAUUUUGCGCUAACGGCAAAGGAUAACAACGUCAUCUUGCUCUUCAUUUCUAUUUUUAGAAAGGUGCUCUCCUCGGCUUUGAAAAAAAAAUGAAAAAUGAAAACAAAAGCGGGAUAAAGAUCAGCUGAUAGGAGGGUGGAUGAG